ACGCCACCCAAAAGCCCACCAAAGCCCUCGAAUCCCCGUGGCAUGCGCCUCACACUUCAGAUCCCCAAGAGCAAAGUCUCCAAGGAAGAGCAGCGUACACUCAAAGUACGCAAGGCGGCUGCAGAGCGCUGGGCCCCCAAGCUGCAGAACCCGUUUCCGAACCACAGGGAAAUCAAAGAAGCCUACCCGUGCAAGCUGCUGAGGCACUACACGGGCGAAGCCCCUGCCGAAGUCAUCAGGCCACAAAUCAACAAGUCCGCGCGCGUAGACAACCUCCUCAAGCAAUUCCCCGUUCUCUCCACAUCUAGCGCUGGCUUCCCCAACAACAUACAGGACAUGGCAGAACCCGAAUACCAGAACCUAGCCCAGGAUAUCGCCGAGGAAGACGACCUGCAGAAACGCUGGCUCCACUACAACAUGAGCGUCACGCACAGCGAGGCAGCGCAGAAACUCGCCUGGCAAGCCUUUUCCACCUCGGAAAGGGGCCGCGUCGGUAGGGGCCGCGAGGCAAUGGUCAUUUCGGGACUGGACCUCGAGGACCUUCAUCUUGAGAAGCAACGCUUGCCUAAUUUCCUGCCGGACUGGUGCAAGGCGAAGACGGGGAGGUACGCUGAGGGC